CCACAGGCUUUGUUCGCAGGACGACUAUCCCAAGCACUCUGCUUGAGUCACUCUUUUAUCAUGUCAUCGCAACACAAUGCACACCCCGCUCUUUCCACCGACCCCACACACUUAUCUCCGCGGCUCGACGCGGACGGUAAGGCUUCUUAUGACGACCUCAUCGACCAGUAUGCGACCUACAAGGCGUAUACCACUUCCGUUCCCGCCGAUGCUGGUCGCACAGACAAUCAAGAGCCUGUCCCACUCUACCCCCUCACUCAGCAACUGUCUAAUUACAGUGAAAUAUCUCUGAAGGACGUGAAGGACCUUGACGGGCAUACAGCACAGCAAUUAGACUGGGAAUAUCCUCCACCAGCCACCAAUGCCGAGGUGGCAAAGCCGGAGCUCAAAGACUGGUUGGAAUUCAUACCAGAUUCUAUUGCUUGUCGCCUAUAUCUAUUGACUGUUCUCGUUGAGACGGCAAUAGAUUUGGCAAUAGAGGCGGAACUGUUCAUUCGCCUCCAGGACUCGACGGCCACGAGCUCUAACUUCCAAGAAUCUAAGAAGAUGCCUAUCUAUCUCAGUAUCUUUGCCAUGGCUCACGUGUUUCAAUUCGGGAUGGCUCUGGAUGCCGUAUAUGCCCAAAACACUUUGCAGUUCAUUGCCCUAACCAUUUUCAAUGCAUUGUUUCUGUUCUAUGCCAUCGUUCAGAUCGGCGAAAUUGACAGCACCUCGAUUUCGGAAAGCACAUCCGUUAUCUCCAUUCAUGCUCUCACCAUGAUCAUUCCUAUCAUCAUCUCCGUCGCGGAACUUGCAUACAUUGCUCUUGGCUGGAAGAUCUACAAGGAAUUUGGUUGGAAAGUGUACAAGUACCUUGGUGCUGAUCGCCGGAUCAGAGCCAUGUACGCAUACUACCAAAUUUUCCUCUGUCUGGUCAAGUUCGACCUGUUCUUCUGGGUGGGGUUCUCUGUGCAAUUCAUCUGGUUGGUUCUGAGCAAGCACAACACGGAGUACUACCUCACGUGCCUAGCUUUCCCUGUGUCGAUACUCGUCCUCAUCGACGGUCACAUAGCAGCACGCCGUGAAAACAAGUGGAUGAUGUAUAUCUUCAUGACGGGCUGUUUAGGAGCGUUGGUAUACUUUAUGUAUAAGCUGGUAAAAGUGUUGCUUUUGCGCAAAACAGCCACCUACAUUUUUGUUUGGAAGACACUGACGAUAUUCUCGGUGAUUGCAACCAUUCUGUUGAUUACGACAUCCGUCUUUGCGUGGAUGGUCAGGAACAAUUUUGGGCGAGGCUUGGCGAACCAGAUGUCCAAGAGCGAGAAUAUGGCACGGCGCGGCAAAUCCCAGGACCUCUACCGAGGUCCAAUGAGUGGCCAUCCAAACCGGAUGAGCAUCGAAUAAGGGCUUCCAUGCUAUUCUUGGGGCUCGCGGACUUGUACUCACGCACAUGUAUCAUCUCUUCAGCGAGUACGCGGACGCAUCAUUCAAACGCAUUCGUACCUAUUCGCCUGCAUUACUUAGUUCCGGCACGUUUGACCCUUCGUCCCCUUGCUUGACACCGCCUUUAUUGCCGUCUUCUCGCGACGGUUACAUACACUCGCCGCGCCCGAUCGGUUGUUGCUGGUCUUCAUUCGGGUGCAGCUAUUUACAUAUUGUCACAUACUACAUGGUCGCUGCGAUCCGCGACGUCCUCGCCUAUUAGUACUACAUGUUGCCAUUGUCCCGGAGAUAGUACGAUCUUGCGCUGCUGUAUUGAUAGCUCAGGAUCAUCAAAUGCAACAACACCAUUUUC